GUUGGGAUCGGAGCUCCACACACAGAGCGAGAGAGACAGACAAGCGGGGCCGAAGAAGAGGCACCCAAACUGGGAUAGACAUUUCCGGACCAUUCGCUUGCUUUCCGAAGAACAUUUAAACUCGCUCCCGAAAUAAGGCGGUUCUUUUUUUGCCUGGUUUACGCGGCGAGGGUGACUUUGUCUACAUGUCCAUUUAACUUUUGGAAGAAUAUUUUGGAUUUGGUCACAAACUCAAGCGGGUCACUUGGGUCCCCGAAUGAAGCAAAGUUCGGAAUUGGCGGCGUGACGCUCGGUAAAUGUUGCGACAUUUUCCCAGAGAGUAGCCCGCCUGCUUCGGCGGUCGAGCGGCGGCGCAGCAGCGUCAGUAGUAGUAGUAGGAGGAGGAGGAGGAGGAGGAGGUUUGAAGAGGGAAAAAGAGCCGAGCUGUCAAAGCAGAUGACGACGGCUAACUGCCCCGGUAAUGAGGAGCUGGACUUCCGACUCAUCUUCGGGGAGGACGGCCAGCAGCAGCCGUUAGGCCCCAUAGAUCUGGAGCCUGACGACAACACAUCUUUCUACAUCCUAAACGUAGGUCAGCCCCAGUCAGUGGUCUCAAACCACCAGUCCAUUGACCUUCCCCGCCAUGGCAUGCAGUCGCACUCCCCAAUCAUCAGCACUUCCCCUCGCCUUCAGUCACACAAACACGGAUCAGUGCCACGGAGUUAUGAGCCUCAAGACUCAAAGUAUGGCACCUCCCCCUUGCUCCCUUCAGCUCCGGUGGAGGCACCUAAAGCCUUUGAGUGCCCCAGUAUUCAGAUCACCUCCAUCUCCCCUAGCUGCCAGCAGGAGAUGGACGCCAAUGAACAAGAUCUGAGAGCAAAUGGCCCUGAUGGGGACUACCACAGUGACAGGCCCCUGUCCAGAGACCACCUUUAUUUGCCCCUUGAUCAUUCAUACCGGGACUCCUCUCUAAGCCCUAGCCCAUGCAGCAGCCUCUCGUCAAGGAGCUGGUUUUCUGAUGCCUCCUCAUGUGAGUCUUUUUCGCACGUGUAUGACGAUGUUGAGUCAGAGCUCAACGAAGCAGCAGCUCGCUUCACCCUGGGCUCCCCGCUAACGUCCCCAGGCUGCACCUCACCUCAGGCUGCCGUUGGGAAUCUGGAGGAAUCGUCCCAGUGGCAGCACCAUCACCCCUCUUUUGUCCACCACUCCCAGUCCAUCAAUCUGUCACCUCGACAGUCCCCCUGCCACUCACCACGCACUAGUGUCACUGACGAGAACUGGCUUAGUCCACGGCCGCCAUCUAGGCCAUCCUCGCGUCCCACCUCACCCUGCGGGAAGAGGCGCCACUCCAGCGCGGACAUCUGUUUCCCUGGCUCGGUGUCUCCACAUCACUCACCUUCACCCACGCCAGGACCUUCCCCUAGGGGCAGCGUGACAGAGGACACCUGGGCGGGCAGUCCAUCUGUAGGCAUGUCGCCUUUCCAGUGCUGUCAAUCUGAGGCCGACAUCCCACUAAAGACAAGAAAGACCUCACAGGACAGAACAGCCAUGCACACAGCAAAAGGAGAACUGGGGAUAGAUGACCAAGGAAAUAUGUCUCCAAAUCUAGACUCCCCCUCAGAAGAGGCCCUGCACAGCCUGAAAAAGGACGGGCCUGGGGAGCAGUUUCUCUCGGUUCCCUCACAUUUUUCAUGGAAUAAACCCAAGCCUGGACAUACGCCUAUAUUCAGGACAUCCUCACUUCCCCCCCUAGACUGGCCCCUGACAAGUCAGUUUGGCCAGUAUGAGCUGAAGAUAGAGGUGCAACCCAAAGCCCACCACCGAGCGCACUACGAGACCGAGGGCAGCAGAGGAGCCAUCAAAGCAGCUUCGAGUGGCCACCCCAUUGUCAAGCUGCUUGGCUACAGCGAGAAGCCCGUCAACCUCCAGAUGUUCAUUGGAACGGCAGACGAUCGUUACUUGAGGCCACAUGCCUUUUACCAAGUACACCGCAUCACUGGGAAAACGGUGGCCACGGCCAGCCAGGAGAUCGUCAUCUCCAGCACCAAAGUUCUUGAAAUUCCUCUCCUGCCUGAAAACAACAUGUCAGCCAGUAUCGACUGUGCCGGCAUCCUCAAGCUACGCAACUCAGACAUUGAACUACGGAAAGGUGAGACGGACAUAGGAAGAAAGAAUACACGAGUACGCGUGGUGUUUCGAGUUCACAUCCCUCAACCAAACGGGAAGGUGCUGUCGCUGCAGGCUCAGUCCAUUCCUGUGGAGUGCUCCCAGCGUUCAGCUCAAGAGCUUCCCCAGGUUGAAAAGUCCAGCCUGACCAGCUGUCUGGUCAGCGGGGGAGAAGAUAUGGCUAUAACUGGGAGCAACUUCUUCCCAGAGUCCAAGGUCAUCUUCCUGGAGAAAGGCCCUGACGGACGGCCGCAGUGGGAAGUGGAGGCCAAAAUUGUACGAGAGAAAACUCAAGGAUCAUGCAUUGUGGUAGAAGUUCCUCCUUACCACAGUAAGACAGUCGGCUCAGCGGUGCAGGUGCAGUUUUAUGUCUGCAAUGGUAAACGGAAAAGGAGCCAAUCACAACGCUUCACUUACCUUUCAGUGAUGGUGAAACAGGAGCACCGAGAUGAGUUGGACCAUCCCCCUGUACCCCCCAUGUCCAUGCCCCUGGCACAUGCUGCCAGUCUGGUUCGCGCUCAGCUGCCUUCUCCUGAUCAGGGCCACCCAUCAGAUAACCUUCUGUCCACCUCCCCACAUGGCCUGGGCUCAGGCUCCGGACCUGUCCUGCUCCCCCUACAGGCUACCUGCCCCUCCUUGGGCUCCCCGUCCUUCCAGCACCUGCCUCACCUCCAGGGUCGCAGUUUGCACCACCCCCCCGCGGACUGCCACAUGACGUUCCAUCCGAGCUCCUCACCUGUCCCCCUCCCUGCCUCAGCCUCCCGACCCUCGUACCAGCCCAUGCAGCGUGGCCAGAGUCACGCUCACAGCCUGUCCUUCAAUGGCCAAUCCAGCCUGUCUCCUCAGAGCUAUGAGAGGAUGCCCUUUCAGCAGUGCCCCAUUUCCCCGUCCCAUCCCAUGGGCAUGGGGAUGGUGUACUCCAACUCCCCUUGCUCCUCCCCAUCCACACCUGUGUCUUCAGCCGCAAACUCCAUUGUGGGUUCUCCGCAGAGCCAGCAACCCUUGCUUUCCCCCUCGUCCCAACAUCUUCACAACCUCGGAGGCUACCACUGCUCUCCCACACAGGUGCCCUCUCCUAGUAGCCACCCGCUACAUCUGCAGAGAGCAAUGGGCUACCACCCAGUAAGUCAACGUUCGGCCUCCUGCCCCACACCGUCCACAGCCCCUCCUCCGCAUAUGAUCCCAUCCCCCCAAUCUGGGCCGUCGUCCCCUCAGCUCCACUCCAUGCCCUACCAGUCUCCUACCUCCUCUUCCCCAACAUCAGGUAGCAGCCCCCUGGGUCCAAUGCAGCAUCCACAUUCAGGACAGCCUUCACCUCAGGCUGCGAGCCCAGUCAUGACCAGCUUGUCCCCGACGGCUGCUGGGCCCUUGGUUCACCCCCUGAGCCCCCAGGGGCCCUUCAACUCAGAAGGGGAGAGGUUGAACAUCAAACAGGAGCCGGAAGAGAGAGAGCCCACCUUCCGCUCUAUUGGCUUGCAAGACAUCACGCUUGAUGACGUGAACGAGAUCAUCGGCCGGGACAUGUCGCAGACCCCCAGCACUCACGGCCCCGCCCAGACCGCACACAGCCAGUCCUAGCCGUGGACCAGCCAGGUCCCGCUGGUGGACGCGAAGGGUCAUGAGGUCAUGAAGCGGCUUCAAGGUGCGCCAGUCAGCCGGACUGAUGAGAAGUCCAACAAGAUCGGCGGACUUCAUUUCCCACAAUGCAAGGCAAACAUCAGCAAGAUAAGACUUGUCACCAAAAUCUGAACCGUCCUGCUUUCAUCACAAACUCCUGUGAAAUUUACACUCAUUUAAAAAAAAAAAAGAAAUCAACAUCCUCUCUUUUGGAAAUUUUUUUACUGCUGGAAUUAUCGACGCCCAACCUGCAACAUUCCACAACUAACGUAAGUCUCUGGAUUUCAUGUCCCUUCAUUACACCCCAUAAUAACUGCCUUAUUACUAUUAUUAUUAUUAUUAUUAUGAGCAUGUAGCAGCCCCCCCGGCCCCCUUUCUCCUAAAUGGCUUCUCUUCUCCGUGCAAUAUUGCAGGAAUCCCCAAACAUCCCUGCCUGCUGUGCCUUAUCGAUAUUAACUUUGUCCAAGUAUUUUUAUACCUUUUCAUAAGCUACUCCAAAAAUAUUAAUAAUAAUAAAACAGACAACAUGAAGGAUGUGACAGAAUCUUCAUCAAAAAUAAAACAACCUUUUAAAAAGUAUUCUUCAGUGUUGACACGACUUUGACUUAUUUGGUAGAAGACACUGUCCUCUAUAGAAAUGUCAGAUUCAUAUUUAUGCAUUUCUUAUUCACAAAUAUGAAUAUAAGUUACAGUAUGAAAUGAGAAUACCAUUUUCAUUUUGCAAGAAUAAAAUGCAGUCCCAAUACUACAAGAUUAAACAUUUUGCCAGAAUUAAUUUAAAAUGUUAUACAUUUUAUUUGUUUUGUUUCGGAUUAUAAAAUGUUUGAAAAAUAUAUGUAUAUUAAAUAAAAUAUCUACACACAUUACAUCAUAAGGAAUAAAAUAUUUAGUGGGAAUAUACAUGAUCAACAUUCUACAAACAAUUAGGAAUAUCAUGUCAAAUAAGUUAAAUGUUACUUGAGGGAUUUAUAAAUAUAUAGUAAGAAUAUAACAAAAUAUAUUUUAAUAAAAUAUGAAAAUAAAAUCAAAAUGUUAAAAGAUUAAAGUCUUCAUAUUUGUAAGAAUAUUACAAAAUAUAAAGAGUUAAUAUUGUUUUAAAGUUGUCAUUUUGCAUACACAUAAAAACAACUAAAGUAUAAUGAAAAUAAAAUAAUUUAGCAAAAGUGUAAUAUUUUGUGUGACCAAGUCAUCCAUCCAAGUCAAUAUGAGAAAUUAUUGAAAAAAGUUAGAAUAAAUUCAUAAUUUGGCAUUAGAUAUUUGAUCAUUUUGACUUGGAAUAUCAUGGUGGUGUAACAUGAGGGAAACGUUUGAAUAUAACGUGAAUAGAGUUGGAAUAUUACAACAAAGUCAUCAUUUUAGCUCAAAUUUGCAAUAUUGGUUAAUAUUCUGAAGGGACAAAAGUGAGAUCAUGAAAGAAAAAUUGCAAAAUUAUGAGCAUAAAAUAAAAAAUUUACAAGAAUAAUAAUCUGUGAAUAAAGUAUUUACCGUACAUGUGGACAAAAAGGCCAAUUAUGAGAAAAGGCACAAUUAUGUGAGGAGAGUGAAAAUGUUGCAAUAUUUGUAAAACUUUGGAAUUUUGAUUUUAAAUAAGUCAUAAAGUUUUGAGAAUAAGUUGUGAUCUUCCAAUAAUAAAAUACUCUAUAGUUAUAUUUCGUGAUUAAAGUUCAAAUAACACAUUUGAAAUUUGGAUAUAUUAUUUUUAGAAAAUAGUUAUAAAGUUAUGAGGAUGAAAUAUUUUAACAGAAUAAAAUCUUAAUAUUCCAUAAAUAAAGUUUAAAUAUAACGUUAACAUGUUUGAAAGAAAAGAAAAAAAAAUCAUUCAGUCUUUUACGAGAAAAUGUUUUAAUUUUCUAAAAAUAAAAUGUAAGUAUUACGUGAAAAUAGUUGAUUGGUUGAAAUAUGACAAUAUUUUUUUGGGGGAAACCAAAAAAUAUAUACUUUACUUUUCACAAGUUCUAAGUUUUUAUUGUCGAAAAAUGUUAACCUAUUUUAUGAAAUAUAUUUAAAAAAAAUAUUCUUCAAAAAAUCUUUAUUCUUUAUUCUAUAUAUCUUUAUUCUCAUAAAGUUUUAUUCCAAAAAUCCUAAUGUACAUAACAUUAAGAUUUUAUUCUUGUAAAAGGAUGUUAUCCUCAUAAAUUUAAUUAUAUGAUUAUAAUUUAAAUUAUGUAAUAAUUUAAAAAGAAUUCCCCCUUAAAUCUGUUGUCAUAUUUCCACUUCAUUCACUGACGACCACAGUAUUUUAUUCAUGCAAAAUCACUUAUUCUCACUUAAUGAUGUCCUCAUACGUUCAAAGUUGGGAUAUUUGAACAAGGAAAACAUUUUUAAUUGCGUGAAUACAUUUGAAAAAAGAAAAUUACCAUUUUAGAAGAGAAAAAAAAAGGUAUUUUUAAAUUUUUUAUAAAACAAAAAAAUGUUAAACAUUAAAUUUUGACGAUUUUUCUUGACUUCGCCACUUUUGUCACUGGAGUGGUGAUAUAUAAGUAUUAAAAAGAUGAUAGACUGACUGUAUUAAUAAAAGUGUCUUCUAUGAUUUAAGUUUAUUUCAUGUGACAAUUGAGGCUUUUUAACGCCAACAAAACUGCAAUACAUAUUUUACCGUCCUCCUUUUUCCUGCCUUAAGAUGAUGAAGCUUCUAUGCAUUCACCUUCAGCCUAACGCCUUGACACACUUUACACGCUGUAGUGGAACACACACUUAAGCGGGUUCUAGUACACUCCCUCACUUAAGUGUGUGUGUGUGUGUGUGUGUACACCAAAUGUAGACACACUCCUUUGAAGCACAUUCAUUCAGGCUAUGCAAACUCACAACAUGACAAAAGAAGUUGAAUAAAACAAAAUUUAAGAUGCCUUAACUCGACAGUUGUGUGCUGUUUUUGGGCAGGACAAAGUUUUGGCCGUUGCUUUUUCUUGAGCUUAAGGGUCAACUGUAAAAAGAGAACACCAGCGUCGUCUUCUGACAUCAACCAAAGAGCAAACAAUAAAUCCAGCGUAUUGUCAUGUAUGACGAAAUAAAAAGUCAAUUCUAUUUUUGAUACUUUUUCAAAUGGAUGUCAUUCCUAAUAAAAUGUAAAGUGCAAGAGUGAAAGUGAUAGAAAUAAACGUUACGACAAGAACCCAAAUGACACGUAGAGGAAAUGUCGAUGGCCUUUCUCUGUUUUCCUUUCAUGUGUUUCUCGUCUGUAUAUCAACUCUUUUGUAAAGAACUCAAAGGGAAAUGCAGGUUUAGUUGUUGACGUUUACCAAACCUUGUAUUGUUUUCACAUCUGUUGUACAUUUGCUUUUUUUUGUAAUUUUUAAAGACUGCAGUGCUUUUGGACAUUUCUUCAAAGGGAAUAAUAAACUUGCAUCAUGCUGUAGUUUCCAAAGUAGUGACUAUUAAUAAAAUGCAAAAGUCGACCUGG